AUCUCUGGCCUUCCGGUCUCUUCUGGGAUGGGUCUGGCUUAUAGAUCCCGGGACUUCAGCCUGGGAGGGACAGGAGAGAAAGAGAGAGCUCUCGAAGCCCGGGUGACCUUGACAGAGGGACGGCCGAGAUUAUCUGCUGAGGUCAACCGAGUAUGUCCCCUGGAAGUUGGAGCUCCACCAUGGUAGCCCGGGGUGUCCCCUGGAUUCUGCUUGGAUUGCUGCUGUGGCCGGAGCCAGGGACAGCCUCCCUGCCUCUACUCAUGGAGUCUGUCAUCCAGGCCCUGGCGGAACUUGAGCCCCAAGUGCCAAUGAGUGAGGCCAGCCUCACUGCCUCUGCGUGGCUGCUGUCAGCCCAGGACUCCGCCUCCCCAAAUCCCCUCCACCACUUCCUCUGUGAAGCCUCUCUUGGCGGGAUUGGAGGCUGGGCUUCAAGGGCGCAGGGUUGUAAACUUGCCCUUGGACAGAACAGCCACUCCUUGGAGUGCUGGACCGAACCUUCCAGAUGUUAGUGAUAAUUUUCCAGAUAUAAGAACCACCACCCGAGGAUUACAAGAUGUUUCUCCAGCUGUCUCUUCUGCAAACAUCAGAACUGCUUCUCCAGAUGUGGAAGCUACCUCUCCAGAUGUGGAAGCCUCCUCACCAGAUGCUCAAGUCAAGUCCCCGACAUCUGUGGACAGCCUCCUGGCUGUCACCCUGGCUGGGGAUCUGGGCCUGACCUUCCUCCAGGGCCAUCAGACCCAGAGUCAUCCGGGCCUGGGGACUGAGGGCUGCUGGGACCAGCUGUCUGCCCCUCACGUCUUCACACUCCUGGACCCCAAGUCAUCGCCACUCACCAUGGCCUUUCUCAACGGUGCUCUAGAUGGGGCCCUCCUUGGGGACUACCUGAGCCGGACGCCUGAGCCCCGGCCACCCCUCAGCCACCUGCUAAGGCAGUACUACGGAGCAGGAGUGGACGGAGAGUCCGGGCUCCGUAGUAACUUCCGAAGGCAGAAGGGGGCUGCUCUGACCUCGGCUCCCGCCCUGGCCCAGCAGGUAUGGGGGGCCCUUGCCCUGUUACAGAAGCUGGAGCCGGAACACCCCCAGCUGCAGGACGUGAGCCCACAAGAACUGGCCCAUGUGGCCACCCGUGCCACCAAGGAGUUCACAGAAGCCUUCCUAGGAUGCCCCGCCAUCCACCCGCGCUGUCGCUGGGAAGCGAAGCCUUACCGAGGCGUCCCGACGCCACUGAAGCUGCCGCUCGGGUUCUUGUAUGUGCAUCACACAUACGUGCCCGCACCACCCUGCACCGACUUCGCGCACUGCGCCGCCAACAUGCGCUCCAUGCAGCGCUUCCACCAGGACACGCGAGGCUGGGAUGACAUCGGAUACAGUUUCGUGGUGGGCUCCGACGGCUACGUGUACGAGGGCCGCGGCUGGUACCAGGUGGGCGCGCACACACUCGGUCAUAACUCCCGUGGCUUCGGUGUGGCCAUCGUGGGCAACUACACCGCAGCGCUGCCCACCGAGGAGGCGCUGCGCGCGGUGCGCGACCUGCUCCCGAGCUGCGCUCUACGCGCCGGCUUCCUGCGGCCAGACUACGCGGUACUGGGUCACCGCCAGCUGGUGCGUACCGACUGCCCCGGAGACGCGCUCUUCGGCCUGCUGCGCACCUGGCCGCAUUUCACCCAGACUGUGAAGCCACGAAUGGCCAGGAGGUCCUCUCCAAGGGCAAAGAAGGAGUCACCCCCACUGAUCCCACCAGCCAUAGACCUCCAAUAAAAAGCCCAUGAGU